AUGGAUCAGCCGGUGCGGGAGAGCCCGCCGGCGGAUGGUCGACGGGAGGCCCAGCUGCGGGUGCGCCGGUUGAUGAAGUCUAUCAGCGAUUCACAGCUUGAGACAGUGGCGGCAGCCAGUGCUAGCCAGGAGGCGGCUUCUUCAACAGCGACCGUUGGAGCGAGCGGCAUGGCUUCAGAAGAUGGGACAGAGCGUCCUUGGAACAUGCAACAAUUUCAUCGCCGCGUUGACAGCUACAAUCUCAACACCUGGUUCGCCAAGCCCAUUCGCCUAUCGCCACUCGAGUGUGCCCGCUUUGGCUGGAUCAACACGGGCCCCGACACCUUGACGUGUGUCUCGUGCAAAGCUUCCUUUGUCGUCAAGUUUGAUGCAAGCUUGGAUGCCGACCAACGCUCUGCGCUCGCCGAGAGCUAUUUUGAAAAGCUAAGCACCGAACACCUCGUCUCCUGCCCAUGGAAGGGCAAUGCCACGCCCCAAUCCCUGGCCAUGCCCGCUCUGGGCGUCGCUGCUGUCGAACGUGCCGCCUUCCUGGAACGGUGUGUCGCAGCUUCCGGGUGGAGGAUGUUCAUGCUUGCUCGCUGCGACUGGCGCCGGCGUAAUUCGCUUCGGCUCACCAUGUUUGCGCCUGCCUCUGAUAGAGUGAAUCUCAUUGACCGCCGUUUGGGUCAGCUGCCCGAGUUGAAGGGUGCCCUCACGGUCCGCACCCAACUCAAACGGCUACAAACCCGCCUUGAACAGACAAGUGAGGAUGAGCGCACUGCCUCUGGCAGCGUAUCUCUCGUUGAACCAAGCACCCCAACACCUACACGGGUGUCCUCCACCCAGCGCACGCCUGGCUCCGACGCGCAUGUGGCCGUUCGUUGGGCAUCCCCUGCCACCAGUGGCCCUAGCUCGCGACUGCACACCCCGACGCAGCGCACCCCUGGUGCGGUGACCGAGAGCCCCGAGGUGAUCCGACGCGCACAAGCAGCGCAAGCCAUUGACACAUCAAAGCCGAGGUGCAGACUUAUUCGCCCGGCAUAUGUGCCCACCCCAUGUACAGCGCCGGCCAGUGGCACUGCAGCUGGUAGCAGCAAAGGAGCAGUCUCCUCACCGGGCCUUGCAAACUCAACCUCAACCUCACAGUUGGGCCCAUUUGACCCGCUGCGAGAGCAUCGAGCAUAUUGUCCUUUUAGCAAUGCCGAGCGCGUUCACCGACUAUUCAACCUUUUGCUCGCUGAUGAAGGGGAUCAACGCUCGGGAGCCAACGGCAAGCUGCAAGGCCUGUUAAGGGCCUUGUUGAGGCGUUGGUCGCGGGCACGCUGCUCGGUCAUCGCCAUCAUGGGUGCACGAGCUCGGCGCCGACGCUGGAAUCGGCGUGCGCACUCUCCUUCUGCUAGCUCUGACGGCAGUGCCCAUGAGCUCAGAGAUUCGCGAGCCAUGCGCAAGGCCUCCACCGUGUCCCGCAGCAGUGAGCAGCAGCUGCAGCUGGCGAGCGUCAUCAACUCGCUCUGGCAGGAUCUGAUCGACUGCAUCGAUGUCAUCACCGAGCACCCCGACCCUUGGCUCAUGACUGGCCGCCUCUUUCUGGUUGGCUGUCAUUCAGCACGCCACCUUCCCGCCGUUCCACGGCUGGCGAUGGUGACGGCCAACGUGGAUGACCCCUUGGAUCAGGCCACCAUCGAAGGCUACAACCGCGUCUUUCCCGCAUGCUUCAAGGUCGAACUAAACCCUGAUGAAGGCCACUACGUACAAAUCAACGAGACAGUGCUCCAAGGCUUGCUGGGCCCGAUCAUGUUGCAGCUUUUCUUGUUUGCAAAUCUCCUUGGGCUCGUAUACCUGCCCUUUGUGAUUCUGGCCACGGUGGUCGUUCUGGCUCUGGAAUACGAGCAGGAAUGUACGGUUGGCGAGCUCCGCAUCACCACUGUUCUCAUCAUCAAGAUUGACGAACGUGAUUACAGCAACCUACCCAUCACCCGAUACGCUUUUGAUGCUUAUUUUGAUAAGGGGCGUCCUCAGCGAACGCAAGAGGCCGUGCAGAGCCUUGAACGGCAACUUCGUGAUGAAGCCAAGGAAAACUCGGUCAAGCAUUAUUUGUAUCUACAGGAGAUGUUGGAUCGUGCUCUGUUUCAGGCUGCGGAAGCUGAUCUCGAUUCCGAGUUACUGGAAAUGGAUGAUGAUGCCGAACUCGAUCAGGAACUGGAGGAGAUUGUGACCGGGCGCGAUACCCUCCCACGUGCGGCGCGCAAUGGGCCACGUUCGACGCAGCUCCGUCGCCGCCUCACCGCCGAAGCCCGGCGCAAGCCCAAUGCUGUGCGUCGCUUUCAUGCCGGCAGUCUGCAAAAGACGGUGACCUUUAGUCGCUCCGUGAGCGAGGCUGUGGAGGCUCGCAGUCCUCCAUUGGAACCCAACGCUCGCGUCACAGCCCAAGCCUCGGCGCCAUCCUCGCGGACGCAUGACCGGAUGUUUGAGCUCAUUGGCAUUUCACAGCAUCUCCUGAUGUAUUUUCGCUCGGAGUUUAACGACUUCAUUCAUGAGAUUAACGAGCUAACCGAGCAGCAUCACAUGAUCCAGGCGCUGGAGCGUGUGCCUCGAGCACUGGCAAUCACACGAGAUUACAUCACGCAACUGGAACUUCAGCGCUCGCUGAUUGCAGGCCAGAUCCAAGCCUUUCAACUAAAUCACUUUACUCCCGCAGAGAUCGCACUCUUUCAGCAUCGCGACGAAGUGUACGAAACGGAGCUGGAGGAAGCCCUAUCUGUGCGCCAGGAGCUCUUGGUCCUGGAUUCCAAGCCCAAGGCGAACAAGGGAAGCGUGGCCUCGCCAUCUGAGCAGGGAGACACGCCCAUCCCUGUGUCGCCGCACCCAGGCUCGGCUUUGCGGCCGCCAUCUACGCUCAUGCGCCCCGAUUCUUAUGACUCCGUUUUUGAGCCUGACUCUGUGGCUGAGGCGAGCACACAAACCCCCUCACCUGAACGACGCCCGGCGAGCUUUGUGAUGCCAGCCAAGCCUGAUCCAGCUAAACCGCAGCAUCGACCCGUGAGUGCGCGACCCAUGCUCUGCCGUCGGCAUCUCAGCGCAGCGCGCCAGGUCUCUGAAGAGCAGGCCCGGGCCCUUGAGGCCCACGAGACGCGAGAUCGCUGGCGGGCAUCUCGCCUGCACCGCGAGAGCCAUGCCCUGUACGAUGAUGACGAAGGGGACCGGGUCACGACAGUACCACGCACCGUCCGAGGCAAUGACUUUGUCCUUGACCUUGCAUCCCUGGACACACUCGACGAUUCUGAACCAAAUUCUGGGCGUGCGGCCUACGUUUAG